AUGCAAGCCAGCCGCCAGGGCCCUCCCGGGGCAGGGCCGCCCGGGGGGUGACGGGAAGGGAGGCUGGCCGCGCCGCGAGUCCGGGCUCCAGGCGGGAAGUGGGCGCGAAGCGGCUGCGGGGUGCGCGGCGGCGGCAGACCAGGAUGGGAGCGGGGCCCCCAUGUCACCCUCCGCCUCUGGAGCCCCGCUGAGCUGACCUCGGAGACCCUGCACGGAAAACAAGAUGUGUCUGCGCCUUGGUGGCCUGAGUGUGGGUGACUUCCGGAAGGUGCUGAUGAAGACGGGGCUGGUGCUGGUGGUACUGGGCCACAUGAAAUUCAUCGCAGCCGCUUUACUCCAUGGCACCGUGCUGCGCUAUGUGGCUGCCCCCCAUGAUGCCGUGGCCCUGCAGUACUGCGUGGUCAACAUCCUCUCUGUCACUUCCGCCAUCGUGGUCAUCACCUCGGGCAUUGCAGCCAUCGUGUUGUCCCGCUACCUCCCCAGCAUCCCCCUGCGUUGGGCAGUGUUUAGCUCAAGCGUGGCCUGUGCUCUUCUCUCCCUGACCUGUGCUCUUGGCCUCUUGGCCUCGAUCGCCGUGACCUUUGCCACCCAGGGCCAGGCACUGCUGGCUGCCUGCACUUUUGAGAGCCCCGAACUGCUGGCGCUGGCGCCCGACUGUCCCUUCGACCCUACACGCAUUUAUAGCUCCAGCCUGUGCCUCUGGGGCAUCUCACUUCUGUUCUGCGUGGCAGAAAGUGUGUUCGCCGUGCGAUGUGCCCAGCUUGCCCACCAGCUGCUGGAACUGAGGCCCUGGUGGGGGAAAAGCAGCCACCACAUGCCACCUGUCUCCACCAAUGCAGGAGAUCCUACAGCCCAUGGAGGGCCAGGACCUGCUGAGCUGCUCCAGCUCUGGGCCGCUGACCCUUUGAUGGCUGAUGCCGCACCCAGACCCCGUGGGCACCGGGGCCCUGCAACCAAGUCUGCACUGUGACCAGGCUGGGAGUCCCGGAGCCAGCCCAGGAGGACUCAGUGGCCAUUCCUGGGCCUAGGUGGGGAUUUGAACACCCCCCCCAGCCCCAGCCACCCAGCCAUGCACUGAAAUGAGACUUUAUUCUGAAGUUAUUAAAAAGAACAGAGAUGCUCCACAAGGACUCAUGCAGCGGGGGAGGGGCUCGGCCAGGGGGCCUGUGCUUCUUUCCCACGCAGGAUGCAGUGGGGGGGGGGGGAGGGGCUCCAGGGUGUGUCUGCCCAUCUAACUGUGGGCCUGUGUGUGUGUAUGUCUCAGGGAGGCAAACUGCACAGAGGGGUCCGUGGGUCUGUGUUCAUCCAAGUGCUGAAAGGCAGGCCAGGGGGAUAGAGGACUCACGGCUGGGUGCGGGAAUUGGGAGGUUUUCCUUUGGCAGCAUGACCUCCAGGCCAACAGAAGCGGAGCAGGAAGGGCCGAGCCCCUCCAGCAGGAAAGAAGGACUCAAGCUUUUCCCUUACUCCUCCCCACCAAUCCUCUCCCCUCCAAAUAAAAAGACCUCUCCUCA